AUGGGACAGACCGUAGUGGAAACCAUGGGUGAGCUACACAUGGACAUUAUCAAAAACCGACUUGUUCGAGAUUAUGGUCUCAACGUAUUUGUUGGUCCCCUGCAGAUAGCCUAUCGGGAGAUUGUGGGCGAACCUGUCACACAGACAGCCACUGCCCAAGACGUCAUGGAGGAGAAGAAGCGAGUCCACAGCGCCACCCUCACUCUUACUAUAGAGCCCAGGACAAAGAGUGGGAAGUUCAAAGGGGUUCGGCUAGGACUACCGCACGAUUCGCCAACUGUUCGUGCAGACUGGCUCAAAGCCAUAAAUGAAGGCUGUCAGAAUGCUCUCCAUAAUGGACCAAUACUUGGUUUUCCUGUGCAAGAUGUAGUUAUUACACUGAAUGAAAUCAACACUAGUGGAGGACGAGUCAAUCCUGCAGUAUUGUCCGCUUGUGCGCACAAAUGUGUCUCAGAGGCAAUCGAGAAGGCCAGAGCUCAUUUGAUCGAACCUGUCAUGCGGCUUGACAUUACUUUGGAAAAAGGCAGCGAAGCGCAACCGAUCCUUCACGAGUUGUCAAGGCGGCGAGCAGACAUCCUUGAAUGUUGCGGAACACACUGGGGAGCAACGUUGAUAAGCGCUCGUCUUCCUCUGUCCGAAAUGACUGGUUUCUCGACGACUUUACGAGUGUUGUCGUCGGGACUGGCGUCUAUGCAUAUACAAGUGGCUGAUUACCAGAUAGUCUCUGAGCACGAUCAAGUCACAAUUAUUAAUAGAAUUAGGGGCAUUAAAUAG